AGAGGCGAGAGAGGAGCGGCUCGGAACGGGGCGCCCGGCGCGCAUGCGCGCUGCCCGCCGCCCGGCCAUGGCGCGCGAGCUCAUCGGCCCCGCGCUGCCGCCGGGCUUCCCGCGCCGCGGCGAGGCGGACCCGGAUGAGGACUUCAGCGAGGUUGCAGGACCAGCGCUGCCUCCAGGCUAUAAAAGCAGCUGUAGCUCAGAAGCAUCUGAGAGUGAUGAUGACUCAGAGUCUCUUCCUCUACCCAGAGAGGCAGAUAAAGAUUCUGAGGAGUCAGAAGGAGUUCCAACACCCAAAAAGCCAAAAAGAAUUCAGGAAGAUGAUAAUGAUGAUGAUGAUGGAUUUUUUGGACCUGCUCUUCCUCCUGGUUUCAAAAAACAGGAUGAUUCUCCAGAGAGGCCCAUUAUAGGUCCUGCAUUACCACCUGGCUUUAGGAAACCUUCAGGGAACACUGGGAAUAACAAAUAUUCCAUAGGACCUUCUGUUUCAUCAGAAUCCUGUACCCAGGUAACAGAUAGUAGUGAAGAGGAAGAUGAUCUUAUAGGCCCAAUGCCUGCAAAAGGACCAGUGGAGUCUGAUGUAACUAAAGAAUUUGAACGCAGAGCUCAGAGAAUGAAGGAAAAACUUACUUCAGCAGACAAUGAUGAAGCCAAGCAAGUUACCAGGGAAUCAUGGAUGACAGAGCUUCCACCUGAACUGAAAAGCUUUGGGUUUGGCCCAAGAACAUUCAAGAGAAGAGCCGAUGAAAAAUCAGGCGAUAGAUCCAUUUGGACAGAUACUCCAGCUGACAGAGAGAGAAAAGCCAAAGAAAGAGAAGAGGCAAAAAAGUCGGCCAGUAAGAAUAAUGAAGAAGUUGUAUUGUCUGAGAGAGACAAGAGACUUGUUGAGCAGGUGACUUCAUACAAUGAGUCAAAGAGGUCAGAAUCUCUCAUGGACAUACAUCAUAAAAAGCUAAAAAGCAAAGCAUCUGAAGAAAAGAACAAACCUCAAGAAAGAAGGCCAUUUGACCGAGACCAGGAUCUCAAAGUCAAUCGAUUUGAUGAAGCACAAAAGAAAGCCCUAAUAAGAAAAUCUAGAGAUUUGAACACUAAAUUUGAGCAUAGUAAAGGCAAUAUGUUUUUAUAAUAUAAAAGCUUGAAGCUUUUUUGAAGUGAAGUCAAUUGAAUUUCAAAUACUUAUUUUUUUAAGUAUGUUUCUGUAAAUAUUUGUAUGCAAAAUAAAUAUCCUAUUGUUUUAGAACUAUUUUUCCUUUUCUGUAAAUAUUCGGAAAUAACAUCUCUAUUAAAAACAAAAUGAAAAAAGAAUGUACUGAUUAAAAAUGCAAAUAAUGUAAACUUGCUACUUUAAAACAGUCGUUUUUUGUUAUCAUAAAAUUAAUUUAAAUAAGUAUUUUUAAGGAGCUUUACAACCAAUCUUGCAGUAGGGCUGUCAGUUUCCUCCUUUCACCUACCACACUUAAGAUCUGUUUGCUGUCUGAAUAUAUUCUACUACAUUUAUAACCUGAAGGCCAUGAAAGAUUUGCCAUUAGGCUUGUGGGCAGGGCACUGCUUGACUGGAGGUUCUGCUGGGGAGUAUAAACUAAAAUGACACCUUUCACUUCCAACAAUUGCUUGUAUUUCUGGAGAUGGUCUGUGUCUGCACGAAUAAGGGGUUUGUAUAUGUGCAGAAUUAUUUCUGUGCUAUAGCAGGGAGAGGCAGUGUUAGCAGAAGAGGUAGUAAAACCCCAAGAUUUUCAGAUUUAAUUAUAAAACUGGUCUACAUGAAGAGGAAAUCUAAUCUUGAGUUUUCAAUUUUCAUCAGCAAACCCAUUUAAUUUAAGAAAAUGCAAUGUGAAAAUCAAACGAUAGUAAAUCUUACUUUGUCAGUUACUUUGCAGAGCAGAAUGGCUCUUUUGUCUCAAAAAGGAAAUAAAUUUGCUAUUUAAAAAUCUA